AAAGUUCCAACCACGAUGGACGAUCGAAAAUACGGGAGGAGAAGCAUACUGGGUCCACCCACCCAUCCCGACGCAACUCGCAACGGCACACGUGGCAUCGGGCGCCAUAAUAAUCAACCCACACAAAAAACUCUAGUCACACUGGCACUCCGAUAUCUGUGUCGCUUCACUCAACUCACGUUUCUCCCGGGAGGCGAGCUUCCGGACUCCUCCGCAAAACGAAACGUCCUUCGAGAUCGAUCGAUCGAUCGAUCGAUCCUUCUCGCGCGCUUACAUCGAUCUGAUAACGAAGGGAGGAAGGAGAAAUGGUCUCGACUCUCUCGGGGAUUCGCUUCCCUCUUCUGCCUUCUGCCUACACCUCGCAUGCCAGUUUUAUUGGCGAUCGGAGGACCUCCGGCGGCCUCUCUCUCUUCCUCUCCAACACCUCCUUCUCUCAUCUUUGCUGGAAAGUCUUCGUAUGAUUCUGAUUUGCCGUCUUUAGCAGUUGCUGCUUCGAAGAAAAUUCUUGUUCCGGACAGCCAGAGUGAUGGCUCUUCGUCUUUGACGGAGCAAUUGGGAGCUACGAGUACAGUUUCAGAGGAUCCUCAGGUGAUUGAGGAUGUAGAUAAUGUAGUAAUGGAAGAUGAAGAGAAGCUUGAGGAUGUCCCUUCAUUAGUUGUGGACAAUGUUGAUGAUGCUGAAGCCAAGGUUGAGGACGUACCUCGUCCCUUAGAAGUUACAGCAAGUACUGCUACAGGCAAAGCUAAGGGAAAGACAAUUCCACCGCCUGGCAAGGGGCAAAAGAUAUAUGAGAUAGAUCCACUUUUGGUGGGUCACCGUGAUCAUCUUGAUUACCGUUAUGGACAAUACAAAAGGCUGCGUGAGCAGAUUGACAAGUGCGAAGGCGGUUUAGAGGUGUUUUCUCGUGGCUAUGAGAAGUUUGGUUUCACACGCAGUGCGGAAGGUAUCACUUAUAGGGAGUGGGCUCCUGGAGCAAAGUCAGCAUCACUGAUUGGAGAUUUCAACAAUUGGAACACAAAUGCAGAUGUGAUGACUCGGAAUGAAUUUGGAGUCUGGGAGAUCUUUUUGCCAAACAAUGCAGAUGGCUCACCUUCGAUUCCACAUGGUUCUCGAGUGAAGAUCCGUAUGGAUACUCCUUCAGGCAUCAAAGACUCGAUUCCUGCUUGGAUCAAGUUUUCUGUGCAGGCUCCAGGUGAAAUCCCAUACAAUGGCAUAUACUAUGAUCCACCAGAAGAGGAAAAGUAUGUAUUUCAACAUUCUCAGCCGAGGAGACCAAAAUCACUUCGCAUUUAUGAGGCACAUGUUGGAAUGAGUAGCCCGGAGGGCAAAAUUAACUCAUAUGCUGAAUUCAGAGAUGAUGUGCUUCCACGCAUUAAGAAGCUUGGUUACAAUGCUGUUCAGCUUAUGGCUAUUCAAGAGCACUCCUACUAUGCUAGCUUUGGGUACCAUGUCACCAAUUUUUUUGCACCUAGCAGCCGCUGUGGAACCCCUGACGAUCUGAAGUCUCUGAUAGAUAAAGCUCACGAGCUUGGUCUGCUUGUACUUAUGGAUAUUGUUCACAGCCAUGCAUCGAAUAACACGUUGGACGGGUUGAACAUGUUUGAUGGAACCGAUAGUCAUUAUUUCCACUCUGGGUCUCGAGGAUAUCAUUGGAUGUGGGAUUCCCGCUUGUUUAAUUAUGGAAGCUGGGAGGUUUUGAGGUAUCUUCUUUCCAAUGCAAGGUGGUGGCUGGAAGAAUACAAGUUCGAUGGGUUCAGAUUUGAUGGUGUCACUUCAAUGAUGUACACUCACCAUGGAUUGGAGGUAGCAUUUACUGGAAAUUACAGUGAGUACUUUGGAUUAGCAACAGAUGUAGAUGCUGUGACUUACCUGAUGCUGGUUAACGAUCUGAUUCAUGGGCUUUACCCUGAAGCUGUUACCGUUGGUGAAGAUGUUAGUGGAAUGCCAACUUUCUGUAUUGCUGUUAACGAUGGUGGUGUUGGAUUUGAUUAUCGCCUGCAAAUGGCUAUUGCUGAUAAAUGGAUUGAGCUCCUUAAGAAAAUGGAUGAAGAGUGGAAAAUGGGUGAUAUUGUUUUCACACUCACCAACAGAAGGUGGCGGGAGAACUGUGUUGCUUAUGCCGAAAGUCAUGACCAAGCUCUUGUUGGUGACAAAACAAUUGCAUUUUGGCUGAUGGACAAGGAUAUGUAUGAUUUCAUGGCUUUGGACAGACCAUCAACUCCCCGUAUAGAUCGUGGAAUAGCAUUACAUAAAAUGAUUAGGCUUAUUACUAUGGGAUUAGGCGGAGAAGGUUAUCUGAAUUUCAUGGGAAAUGAAUUUGGCCAUCCUGAGUGGAUUGAUUUUCCAAGAGGUGUUCAACAUCUUCCAAAUGGUAAAAUAGUUCCUGGGAAUAAUAACAGUUUUGACAAAUGCCGACGUAGAUUUGAUCUUGGGGAUGCAGAGUAUCUAAGAUAUCACGGGAUGCAAGAAUUUGAUCGAGCAAUGCAACAUCUCGAAGAAACCUAUGGUUUCAUGACUUCUGAGCACCAAUAUAUAUCACGGAAGGAUGAAAGAGACAGAAUUAUCGUCUUUGAAAGGGGAGACCUGGUUUUUGUCUUCAAUUUUCAUUGGAGUAAAAGCUAUUCAGACUACCGAAUUGGCUGCUUAAAGCCAGGAAAGUACAAGAUUGUCUUGGAUUCAGAUGAAAAGCUAUUUGGGGGCUUCGAUAGGCUUGAUCACAGUGCUGAGUACUUCACGACUGAUGGGUGGUUCGAUGACCGGCCUCAUUCCUUCCUCCUCUAUGCACCUUGUAGAACAGCUGUGGUCUACGCUCUCGUAGAGGGACCUAAAAAAGGCUGAAAACGUCUGCAUCUUGCUGCGAUCCUAAAACAGACGCAAUGUACAUUAGCUAAUAAAGCGCCGUCCCUGUGGAAUUACGCUGCCACCUUCGGCAGUUCUGCUACGCCAAAGUCGGAAGAACAAGAUUAACAAAGUAAAGGCAGAAGCUAAACUGCUAAAGGUGAGGGAGUUUAUGCAGAGUUUAGGAGACCAGUCUCUACUAUAAGCCUAUCAAAAAGUAGACCAAUAUAUGGCAGUUUGAGACAAUUACUUCUGUAAUUAUUUUUCCAAGCUAGAGAUUUUCUAAUGUACAUAGAUAGUAUGUAGCAGAGAAUAUGGUGUUGCAUUUUAGGCUUCUCGUUUUACCCCCUUGAAACUUGUUUUGUCUCACUUUGGUACCCCAGUCUUAGUUCACCCAAUUUUCAUCAAUUCCGCCAAAUAGGCCUUAAAUUAAUGGAUAGUAAAGAAAUUAACUGU